AUGUCCUCGCUGGUGAAGGAAGACCUGGCGAAGAGGCUGUUCGGCCCCCGGCGGGCGAGGCUGCACGAGUUCAUCGAGGUGGAGGGCUCGGGCGCCGAGCGCUGCUACCUGUGCGCCGCAGUGACUAAAAGUGAAGAAGUAGAAAUAUGUAUGGUUAAACACUGGCGAGUAGAUCGAGAGGAGAAAUACGAAAUAGUUGAAGAGUGGUUUUUGAAAGAUCUGGAGAUGAUUGAUGGAAAAGAAGCAGAUACUGAUAAUCCAUAUUUUGAUAUGUACUUCCACAAAGUCUACAAUCUGGAAGCAUAUAGUUGUGCAUCUAAAUAUACCUUUGCUCGAACGCUAAACAAACUGAAUGAAAUGUACCUUAAGAAGGACUUGAAGAUUGUGAACUUUGAUGACACCUACCUAAAUGAUGAUUCAAUCUGGUCAUCCAACAAUAGGGAUUGCUUAGUACUUAUGAGGAUAUGCUUCUACGCUUCCAACCUUUUAUGUCUCUCCCUGUGUCCUUUGUCCUAA